AUGUUAGCCCUUCGACAGAUCACUGCUCCCAUGCAGCGGCAAUGCUGGCGCGCAGCUCCCCGCGCCGUCGAUACUAUCUCACUGCAGAACCGGAGACUAUACUCGUCGCAAGAGUCUGUCGCUAAAUUCAAUGGCCAGAAAGAUGCGCAGGGCCGCUACACUGUCAGCUUGAUCGAGGGUGACGGCAUUGGCCCCGAGAUUGCCGUCGCUGUCAAGGACAUCUUUGCCGCCGCAAAGACUCCCAUUGUCUGGGAACCCAUCAAUGUUGAUCCCAUUAUCAAGGACGGCAAGACGGCAAUUCCUGACGCUGCCAUUGAGAGCAUCAGGAAGAACAAGAUUGCUCUCAAAGGGCCCCUCGCCACGCCAAUUGGCAAGGGCCAUGUCUCUCUUAAUCUCACCCUCCGUCGCACGUUCAACCUCUUCGCAAACCUCCGUCCCUGCCGGUCUGUUGCCGGGUACAAGACCCCUUAUGACAACGUCGACACGGUUUUGAUCCGCGAAAACACCGAGGGCGAGUACUCAGGCAUUGAGCACGUGGUGGUAGAUGGCGUUGUGCAGAGCAUCAAGCUCAUCACUCGUGAGGCUAGCGAGCGGGUCCUGAGAUUCGCCUUCCAGCACGCCCGGGCCAUUGGACGCAAGAAGGUGCGCGUCGUGCACAAGGCGACUAUCAUGAAGAUGAGCGAUGGCCUGUUCCUCAACGUGGGUCGUCAGGUUGCCAAGGAGUUCCCAGACAUCGAGUUCGACGCCGAGCUGCUCGACAACACCUGCUUGAAGAUGACGACGGACCCGACCCCGUACAACGACAAGGUUCUCGUCAUGCCCAACCUCUACGGCGACAUUCUGUCUGACAUGUGCGCUGGUCUGAUUGGUGGCUUGGGUCUGACGCCCUCUGGAAACAUUGGCGACGAAUGCUCCAUCUUCGAGGCCGUUCACGGCUCUGCUCCCGACAUCGCCGGCAAGGGCCUUGCCAACCCUACCGCCCUCCUGCUCAGCUCCAUGAUGAUGCUGAGACAUAUGGGCCUAGGCGAGUAUGCGGACCGGAUCGAGAAGGCUGCUUUCGCCACCCUGGCAGAGGGCAAGGCUUUGACUGGCGACUUGGGCGGGAAGGCGAAGACGAACGAUUUUGCGGCCGCUAUCAUCGAGAAGCUAUGA